GGGGAAUCCUGAAUUGAGCUGAGAGGGCUUCCCCGGUUCUCCUGGGAACCCCAUCGCCCCCCUGCCGGCACACACCUGAACAGCAUCCGAGGACAUGCCCCCGCCAGCCACCUCGCCGGGGCCCAUCUAGGGGUGGCAGACUUUUCUGCAUCCUGAAGACCCGCUCUGGACCUUCCUGGGAAAGUGUCCCACCACAGAACCGCUUGACCAGAGGACCAACAAACUCCUGGGACAUCCUUCGACUCACCUGGCCACCAGGUGGGGCCACCAAGUGGCCGAGAUCAGCCUCCUGGCCUUGGGCAGCAGUGCCAGGACAGAAAGGGGGGUUGGGCUGACCCAAGCCCCCUCUGGGCCCGGGCCCCAUGCCCCGAGGAGGGGCGGCCUGAAGCCCGCCAGCACCCACGAUAGACCGUCUGCCAAUCCUUUGACUGUGGCUGCUUGGUAUGGCCAGCAACAGCAGCUCCUGCCCGACACCUGGGGGCGGGCACCUCAAUGGAUACCCAGUGCCUCCCUACGCCUUCUUCUUCCCCCCUAUGCUGGGUGGACUCUCGCCGCCGCCGGGCGCCCUGACCACUCUCCAGCACCAGCUUCCAGUAAGCAGCUAUAGCACACCAUCGCCAGCCACCAUCGAGACCCAGAGCAGCAGCUCUGAAGACAUAGUGCCUAGCCCGCCCUCGCCGCCCCCUCUGCCCCGCAUCUACAAGCCUUGCUUUGUUUGUCAAGACAAGUCCUCCGGCUACCACUAUGGGGUCAGCGCCUGCGAGGGCUGCAAGGGCUUCUUCCGCCGCAGCAUCCAGAAGAACAUGGUGUACACAUGUCACCGAGACAAGAACUGCAUCAUCAACAAGGUGACCCGGAACCGCUGCCAGUACUGCCGGCUGCAGAAGUGCUUCGAAGUGGGCAUGUCCAAGGAGUCGGUGCGGAAUGACCGGAACAAAAAGAAGAAGGAGGCGCCCAAGCCCGAGUGCUCGGAGAACUACACGCUGACGCCGGAGGUGGGCGAGCUCAUCGAGAAGGUGCGGAAGGCGCACCAGGAGACCUUCCCCGCCCUCUGCCAGCUGGGCAAAUACACUACGAACAACAGCUCCGAGCAGCGUGUCUCCCUGGACAUUGACCUCUGGGACAAGUUCAGUGAGCUCUCCACCAAGUGCAUCAUUAAGACGGUGGAAUUCGCCAAGCAGCUGCCCGGCUUCACCACCCUCACCAUUGCUGACCAGAUCACCCUCCUCAAGGGUGCUUGCCUGGACAUCCUGAUCCUUCGGAUCUGCACGCGGUACACCCCGGAGCAGGACACGAUGACCUUCUCGGAUGGGCUGACGCUGAACCGGACGCAGAUGCACAACGCUGGCUUCGGCCCCCUCACCGACCUGGUCUUCGCCUUUGCCAACCAGCUGCUGCCCCUGGAGAUGGACGAUGCGGAGACCGGGCUGCUCAGCGCCAUUUGCCUCAUCUGUGGAGACCGGCAGGACCUGGAGCAGCCGGACAGAGUGGACCUGCUGCAGGAGCCACUGCUGGAGGCACUGAAGGUCUACGUGCGGAAACGGAGGCCCAGCCGGCCCCACAUGUUCCCCAAGAUGCUGAUGAAGAUCACAGACCUGCGAAGCAUCAGCGCCAAGGGAGCUGAGCGGGUGAUCACGCUGAAGAUGGAGAUCCCGGGCUCCAUGCCACCGCUCAUCCAGGAAAUGCUGGAGAACUCCGAGGGCCUGGACACUCUCAGCGGACAGCAGGGGGGCAGGGCACGGGACGGGGGCAGCUUGGCUCCUCCACCGGGCAGCUGCAGCCCCAGCCUCAGCCCCAGCUCCAACAGAAGCAGCCCGGCCACCCAUUCACCAUGACCGCCCGUGCCCUGGGCCCCGGCUUUUUUCUGCCUUUCUACCGACCAAGUGGACCCCCUCAGCCCUGCCUCCACUGUGCCCCCGGACAG